UAACAAUUUGCCAAAAUGAUUAGGUUCCAACAAAUGAUGCAUUUCAACAAAAAUAAUCAGGAUCUAUCAAAAGUUGAGUCUCUACAGCAAAAAAUCCUGCAUUGGGAUUUAAAUGUGAAGAGAUGCAUCCAGGAUAUUCGAGAAUGUUCUGGUCCGCUCGAAGAUCUGAAUACUCUCACCCUGCUUGCAGCAGAAAAUAUGAAAAAGUUGAAAUUGAUAGUUGAUAACCUUGAAAACCUGGGAAUGGAACAAGACCGACAAAAAGACAGAGAGGAAAUUUUAAAGAUUGUGAGUCUGUAUAGAAAAGAGCUGGCAAGUAACCAAACACUGCUGAGAAAAGCCAACCUAAUGAGUAAGAUGGAAAUAGACAAAAGGAUGAAGGAAGAGCUUCUUGCCGAAAGCUCAGAUGGAAUUCGUAAACGAUCACAACCAAACAAGGAAGGCUUAGCAAGGACAGCUUCUAAAAUAACUGAAAGUCUUGGAUCGGUCAGUAGAAUGAUGGCCGAUCAAGUGAAGCAAAGUGAAAGUACCCUUCACACAUUAGGUGAUGA